AUCGUUCUUUCGCUAUCCGCUUCUGCUAUCGCUCGCUUUGUUUAUCACUUGAUGAUAAUCCUUGGUGAUCAUCCAGAUCUUUCUGUUACUGCAGUAGUGCGAGGAGACUAACGUAUACAGCAUGUAAAAGCUGGUAAUUUUGUGUAUAAAGGUUAUGGAAACAACGAACCGAGCAAAAAUAUUCCCUAUAAAUCAUCAUGAUUAAAUGUAUGAACAAUAGAAGUUUAACAAUUCCUGCUGGUCAGCCAAUAUGCUUGGGGUUAAAUAUAUGCAGUUAACGCUUUACUUUUCAACAAGGCUUACCAUCUCAAUCAUUCAGGGCUUGAGAAGAAAAGUUAUGUUAUAUAUGCAAAGAAAGCAAGUAGUUCUCUGAAAAAUUAAAAAAUAUAUAUAUUCUAUCGAUUUUUGUAAAAUAUAUAUAAGGCACAAUAUCAGCAUAUCUGAUAGAUGGUUCUGCUUAACUUAAUACAUACUUAAGUUUUAACAUGAUGAAAACUUUUAAUGAGAUCUAACUUGUGUUGCAGAAGAUUUUCUAAAAAGCAUACCUUAGCGAGGCAUAUUCGAACACCUAUGAAAGAAUAGCCUAUCUGAGGGUCAUAGAAUAUAAAAUAUUUUCUAACCAAAGGACUCAUAUUUGGAAUAUAUGCAAGUUUACGAAAGAAUUCUGCAAAAUGAGUAGUAAAAUGUUUUCUACGCAGGAAUAUAUAAUACCACAAAUCUCGACGCAUAUUAAAAAGAAACAAUUUGUUUGCAAUGUGUGCGAUAAAAUAUUUUCUCACAAAGGAAAUUUAAAGACACAUUUAAAGACGCAUACGAAAGAGAAACCGUAUGUUUGUGAGAUUUGCAGUAAAGCGUUUUCUGAGCUAGGAAGUUUAAUGAGACAUUUAAGGACGCAUACCAAAGAGAAACCGUAUGUUUGUGAAUUUUGCAGUAAAACGUUUUCUGAAACAGGAAAUUUAAAGACACAUUUACUGACUCAUACGAAAGAGAAACCAUAUAUUUGUGAGAUAUGCAAUAAAGCGUUUUCUGAGCUAGGAAGUUUAAUGAGACAUUUAAGGACGCAUACCAAAGAGAAACCGUAUGUUUGUGAGUUUUGCAAUAAAACGUGUUCUGAGCUAGGAAAUUUAAAGAUACAUUUACUGACUCAUACGAAAGAGAAACCAUAUAUUUGCGAGAUAUGCAAUAAAGCGUUUUCUCAACGGGGACAUUUAAAUAUACAUUUGAGGACGCAUUCCAAAGAGAAACCAUAUGUUUGUGAGACUUGCAAUAAAGCAUUUUCUCUGCGAGGACAUUUAAAGGCGCAUUUGAGGACGCAUACGAAAGAGAAACCGUAUGUUUGUGAGAUUUGCAGUAAAGCUUUUUCUGAGCUAACAAUUUUAAAGAAUCAUUUUAGCACGCAUACGAAAGAGAAACCAUAUGUUUGUGAGGUUUGCAAUAAAGCGUUUUCUCUUCGAGGACAUUUAAAGAUACAUUUGAGGACGCAUACGAAAGAGAAACCGUAUGUUUGUGAGGUUUGCAGUAAAGCGUUUCCUGAACCAGGAAGUUUAAAGAGACAUUUAAGGACGCAUACUAAAGAUAAACUAUAUAUUUGUAAGAUAUGCAAUGAAGCAUAUUCUCGACGUGAAAAUUUAAAGAAACAUUUGCUGACUCAUACGAAAGAGGAACCGCACUUUUGAAAUUUAUGCAAUAAAAUUUUUUCUGGUGGAAACGUUUUAUAUUAAUAUUUUCUGACGCUUGCGAAACAAAAACUUCUGUGUGUAAUAAAGCAUUUACUGCAAGAGUAAAUUUGCAGUUCCAGUUACGAACCGAUUCUAACGAGUGGCUGUUGUGUUUGUCGAAACAUUAUAAGGAGAUGGAGGAAUUUAUUGACGAAUGCAAAAGUAAACUCGCCUGGUUGUAAGAUGUGCAACAAAACGUUUUCUCUGCGAGGAAAUAUGAAAGUGCGUUUAUAGGUUCAUACGAAAUGAAAAUGAGAGCAAUAAAGCCUACUCUAAAUCGGUUAUGGAGCCAACCAAAAGAGCAAAAAUAUUGCCUAUAAAUCAUCAAGAUUAAAUAUAUGAAGAAUAGAAGUUUGACAAUUCCUGCAUGUCAGCCAAUAUGCUUAAAGUUAAAUAUAUGCAGUUAACUCUACUUUUCAACAAGGCUUACGACCUCAUCCACUCGGUGAUGGAGAAGAAAAACUAUUAUGUUAUAUAUGCAAAGUAAGCAAGUAGUUCUCUGAAAAGUUAAAUAAAAAAAUUAUUUAUUCUAUCGAUUUUUGUAAAAUAUAUAUCAUGCGCACUAUCAGCAUAUCUAAUAGAUACUUUUGCAUAACUUCAUAGAUAUUUAUGUUUUAACAGGAUGAAAACUUUUAAUCAGAUCUUAUUUGUGUUACAAAUGAUUUUCUAAAAAGCAUGCUUUAGCGAAGCAUAUUCUAACACCUGUGAAAGAAACGCCUAUCUGUGGAUCAUACAAUAUAAAAUAUUUUCUAAUCAAAAUACUCAAAUUUGGAAUAUAUGCAAGAUUACAAAAGGAUUCUGCAAAAUGUGUACUAAAGUCUUUUCUACGCAGGAAUAUGAAAUACCAUAAAUCUCGAUGCUUGUUAAAGAGAAACCAUUUGUUUGUAAUGUGUGCGAUAUAAUAUUUUCUCCCAAAGGAAGUUUAAGGCACAUUUUAGGACGCAUAUGAAAGAGAGUCCGUAUAUUUGUGGGGUUUGCAGUAAUGCGUUUUCUCAUGAAAGAAAUUUAAAGAUACAUUUAAGGACGCAUACAACAGAUAAUCCGUAUGCUUGUAAUGUGUGGGAUAACGUAUUUUCUCACGAAGGAAAUUUAAAGACACUUUUAAGGACGCAUACGAAACAGAAACCGUGUGUUUGUGACGUUUCCAGUAAGAAGUUUUCUCAACGAGGAAAUUUGAAUGUGUAUUUACUGAUGCAUAUAAAAGAGAAACCAGAAAUUUGUGAGAUAUGCAAUAAAAGUUUUCUCUACGAGGACAUUUAAGGACACAUUUAAGGAUGCAUACGAAAGAGAAACCAUAUAUUUGUGAGAUAUGCAAUAAAGCGUUUGCUCUACGAAGACAUUUAAAGAGACAUAUGAAGACGCAUACGAAAGAGAAACCGUAUGUUUGUGAGAUAUGCAAUAAAGCGUUUUCUGAACGGGGACAUUUAAAGAUACAUUUAAGGAUGCAUACGAAAGAGAAACCGUAUGUUUGUGAGAUAUGCAAUAAAGCGUUUUCUCAACUUCAAAAUUUAAAGAUACAUUUAAGGACGCAUACGAAAGAGAAACCACAUAUUUGUGAGAUAUGCAAUACAGCUUUUUCUCAACUUCAAAAUUUAAAGAAACAUUUAAGGACGCAUACGAAAGAGAAACCAUAUAUUUGUGAGGUAUGCAGUAAAGCGUUUUCUAAGGCAGGACAUUUAAAGAGACAUUUAAGGACUCAUACUAAAGAGAAACUAUAUAUUUGUUAUAUAUGCAAUAAAGCAUUUUCUCUACGUGAAAAAUUAAAGAAACAUUUGCUGGCUCAUACGAAAGAGAAACCAUAUAUUUGUGAGAUAUGCAAUAAAGCGUUUGCUCUACGAAGACAUUUAAAGAGACAUAUGAAGACGCAUACGAAAGAGAAACCUUAUAUUUGUGAGAUAUGCAAUAAAGCGUUUUCUGAAAGGGAACAUUUAAAGAUACAUUUAAGGAUGCAUACGAAAGAGAAACCGUAUGUUUGUGAGAUAUGCAAUAAAGCGUUUUCUCAACUUCAAAAUUUAAAGAUACAUUUAAGGACGCAUACGAAAGAGAAACCACAUAUUUGUGAGAUAUGCAAUACAGCUUUUUCUCAACUUCAAAAUUUAAAGAAACAUUUAAGGACGCAUACGAAAGAGAAACCAUAUAUUUGUGAGGUAUGCAGUAAAGCGUUUUCUGAGGCAGGAAAUUUAAAGAGACAUUUAAGGACUCAUACUAAAGAGAAACUAUAUAUUUGUGAGAUAUGCAAUAAAGCAUUUUCUCUACGUGAAAAAUUAAAGAAACAUUUGCUGGCUCAUAUGAAAGAGAAAUCAUGUAUUUGUGAGAUAUGCAAUAAAGCGUUUUCUCAACGUGGAAAUUUAAAGAGACAUUUGCUGACUCAUACGAAAGAGAAACCGUAUAUUUGUGAGAUAUGCAAGAAAGCGUUUUCUCAACGGGGAACUUUAAAGACACAUAUAAUUACGCAUACGAAAGAGAAACCAUAUAGUUGUGAGAUAUGCAAUAAAGCAUUUUCUCUACGUGAAUAUUUAAAGAAACAUUUGCUGGCUCAUACGAAAGAGAAACCAUAUAUUUGUGAGAUAUGCAAUAAAGCAUUUUCUCUACGUGGAAAUUUAAAGAAACAUUUGCUGACUCACACGAAAGAGAAACCAUGUAUUUGUGACAUAUGCAAUAAAGCGUUUUCUGAACGGGGACAUUUAAAGAUACAUUUAAGGUCGCAUACGAAAGAGACGUCGCAUAUUUGUCAGAUAUGCAAUAAAGCGUUUUCUCUACGAGGACAUUUAAAGACUCUUUUAAGGACGCAUACGAAAGAGAAACUAUAUAUUUGUGAGAUAUGCAGUAAAGCAUUUGCUCAACGUGAAAAUUUAAAGCUACACUUAAGGACGCAUACGAAAGAGAAACCACAUAUUUGUGAGAUAUGCAAUAAAGCGUUUUCUCAACGGGGACAUUUAAAGACACAUUUAAGGACGCAUACCAAAGAGAAACCAUAUAUUUGUGAGGUAUGCAGUAAAGCGUUUUCUGAGGCAGGAAGUUUAAAGAGACAUUUAAGGACGCAUACGAAAGAGAAACCAUAUAUUUGUGAGAUAUGCAAUAAAGCAUUUUCUCUACGUGGAAAUUUAAAGAAACAUUUGCUGACUCACACGAAAGAGAAACCAUAUAUUUGUGAGAUAUGCAAUAAAGCGUUUUCUCAACGGGCACAUUUAAAGAUACAUUUAAGGACGCAUACGAAAGAGACACCGCAUAUUUGUGAGAUGCAAUAAAGCGUUUUCUCUACGAGGACAUUUAAAGACUCAUUUAAGGACGCAUACGAAAGAAAAAUUACGUAUUUGUGAGAUAUGCAAUACAGCUUUUUCUCAACUGGGACAUUUAAAGAGACAUUUAAGGACGCAUACGAAAGAGAAACCAUAUAUUUGUGAGGUGUGCAGUAAAGCGUUUUCUCUACGUGAAAAUUUAAAGAAACAUUUUCUGAGUCAUACGAAAGAGGAACCAUAUAUUUGUGAGAUAUGCAAUAAAGCGUUUUCUCAACGUGAAAAUUUAAAGAGACAUUUAAGGACGCAUACAAAAGAGAAACCAUAUAUUUGUGAGAUAUGCAAUAAAUCGUUUUCUCGACAGGGACAUUUAAAGACACUUUUCAGGACGCAUACGAAAGAGAAACCACAUAUUUGUGAGAUUUGCAAUAAAGCGUUUACCUUCGACGACAUUUCAGGGAACAUUUGCUGACUGAUACGAAAGAGAAACCAUAUAUUUUCAGAUAUGCAAUAAAACGUUUUCUCAACGUUGACAUUUAAAGACGCAUACCAAAGAGAAACCAUACGUUUGUGAGACUUGCAGUAAAGCGUUUUCUCAUAAAGUAAAUUUAAAGAAACACUUACUGAAUGCAUAAGAAAGAGAAACCGCAUUUUUGGAAUGUAUGCUAUAAAAUGUUUUCUAUUGGAAACAUUUUAUAUUAAUAUUUUCUGACGCAAGCGAAAAAAAAAAAAAACACCUCUGUGUGUAAUUUAGGAUUUACGGCAAAACAAAAGUUGCAGUUCCAUUUAUCAACCGAUUCUAAAGAGUGGCUACAAAGAGUGUCUGUAGUGUUUGUGAUGGGUGUAAUAAAGUAUUUUCUGGUCGAACAUUGUAAGGAGAUAUUCAUUGACGCAUACAAAAGGAAAAUCCUCAUGCCUGCAAGAUAUGCAACAACACGUUUUCUCUGCGAGGAAAUAUGAAAGUGCGUUUAUAGGCUUAUACGAAAUGAAAAUGAGAGAAAUAAAGCCUUUUCUAAAUCGUUAAGUUUAAAGCCACAUUACUUACAAGAAAACCCCGCAUGUUUGAGAUGUAUACAAGAAAAAUUUUUGUCGUCGGAGUAAUUACCAAAAUAUUUUCUGAUGCAUAAUACUAAGCAACCGCAUCGCUACAAAUUGUGCACUUAAAGUGGUGGUUUUUUUUUUUUUUU